UGUUUCUCUUUUGUACUCGUGGAUAACAAAAUGGCGGGCGGUUAGAUACGAGACUCGCAAAAUCAACUUCUGCGACGUCGAUCCCGCUACAAGAUGGCUGUACACUGGCCUAUAGUCUUCAACUUAGUCAACAGCAUCGUUGGAGUUAGUGUUUUGGCAAUUCCCUUUUGUUUUCACGAAUGUGGAGUCCUUCUUGGAGCUCUGGUAAUGCUGAGUAGUGCUUGGAUUACCAAGAAAUCAUGUCUGCUACUUUUAACAGCAGCUCAGAUGGCAAGAAGAAGAAGCUAUGAAUCACUAGCUCAUCAUUCUUAUGGGGCACUUGGAAAGCUUGCAGUUGAAGCUAGUAUUAUUGGACUCUGUUUUGGCACUUUAUGUGCCUUUCAUGUAAUCAUAGGAGACCUAGCACCAUUAGUUUUCAGUAAUUUAUUUGGCCUACAGGCAGGUAAUAGCUCAAGAACCAUAGUAAUGAUGGUGCUUUCUAUAGGGAUCGGUCUGCCAUUAGCAUUAAUGCGAAAUAUUUCGAGCCUCGCUGCCGUCAGUGCAAUGUCUUUAAUUUUUUAUGCUGGAUUUGUAACUCAGACAAUUUUCAGUGCAAUUCCCCACCUAAUGGAAGGUCAUUGGAAGGAUCAUAUCAAUUUCUGGAGGCCUGUUGGGGUUCUAAGAUGUCUUCCAAUUUUUUCUUUAUCAUUUAGUUGUCAAACGCAGCUGUUUGUGUUGUAUGACUCCCUCCCUGAACCAUCUGUAAAAAAGAUGGAAGAAGUCAUCAAUACAGGAAUUAACAUUGCCUCAUUUGUUUAUCUCAGUGUUGGUAGCAUGUGUUAUGUGACUUUCUAUGAUACCGGUGUCACGGGGGAUGUCCUGAUAAACUAUGGGAAUUCUUUCUUGGCGCAAGUUUUAAAAACAGGAUUCGUGAUGUCAGUGAUUGUCAGUAUCCCUCUUAUUGCCUUCCCCAUGAGAGCCAGCAUCAACUCCCUACUCUUCCCAUCUCAGACGGCUGGCACAGAGAACAUGCCUGGCGGGCCUGGUUACAUGCCGCAAAAUAGAUUUGUCAUCAUCACUGUCUCGGCAGUUUGCAUCACUCUGUUGAUAGGAAUACUAAUUCCAGAAAUUGAGUUUGUUUUGGGUGUGACUGGUGCGACCAUGGGCACCCUUAUCGCGUUUAUCAUUCCUUCAUUGAUGUUCCUUGUUGCUGUCAAUGACACACAGAACAGCCUCCGAUCUGUCGCUCGCGUCAUUUUGUGCAUUGGCCUCGUCUGCUUUAUAGGUAGUACCAUCAGCGUCCUUACUGCACCUUCCAGUCAUCACGACACCGAUUUCGUCAAAGCCACGCCCUCGGGUCCUGCCCCCACCAACCCUGUCCUGAUCGUCAGAGAUGGAUCAAUUAACGUGUCCCAUGGGGGAAGUAUAGAGAAGGCCAAGGAAGAUGUUGAUAAACUUAAUGUUAACCUAAAGCCUGCUGUUGUAGACAGUGUUGAGAAGGAUGUCAAAGUCGACCAUCUGGAUAAAGAACAUGUUGUUGACGCAGGGGGUGAUAAAAGGGUGGAGCCGGCGAACCCUCAUCCCCCGGAAGAGAAGGCUGUGAAAGGUUCAGAGAAAAUCCUUGGGGAUUCCCUCAACCGACAGUUGAUGAGCACGGACGACCAGAACGUCGUGAAGAAGAAGGAGCAAUCGUCCAAACCACUUGCUCAGGAGAAAAAGGACGAGAAAGUGACUAAAAUGGAGGUAGACUUAGACCCCAAGGUGGAGGUGUCAAAAGAAGAGAUUGAUGCAGAGAUUCUCAAGCUGAAGGAUAAGAAGGCUGAGGUUGAUGCUGAUAUAAAGAAUCUGGAGGAGAUCAAAGCUAAGGGUAAGGUGGACCAGGAUGUCCCUAUAGUCGUGCAAGACUCGAGGGGAAAACGCGAAGCAGUCUUGGAACACAACGAUGGUAAGGCUAAAGACGAAGUAUCUAAGAAUGACAGUAAGGACGAGGUAAAACCGACGGAGGGGACAUCCCUUAAGGAUGCUUCACCCAACAGUACAGCAGUUACUACCACCCCCGUCAAGUUGGUGCAACCUUCGCGCCCUGCCACGCCCAAAGACCCCACCUCUCCGUCCGAGUCCUCACCAGUUAACGACACAGGCAAAGGCGUUAAGAUCCGGGGCCUGAAGUCCAGUGACGUGUCCGAAACGGCGCCUGAGGGUAAAGUGCAAAGUAGGGCUAGGCGCUGGGGAGACUAUGCGGAUUCGGGGAUGGUUAGGAGCUUGUGGGGAAGUCGAAGUAAGCUGCAUAAGAUGAAAGGUGUUGGUGGUGAGGGCACGUUUAAGCUCGACAUGAGAUAACCCUUACUCCAAGAAGAAGACGCAUCUGACUUAGAAAUGGUCUCCGGGUAAACGGGACACAUGAAACUUCAAUAACAUACAUGGACUGGUCCCUCAGGGGACACAUGAAACUUCAAUAACAUACAUGGACCGGUCUCUCAGGGGACACAUGAAACUUUAUAAAAUACAUGGACCGGUCUCUCAGGGGACACAUGAAACUAUAAUAUACAUGGAGCCGUCUCUUAGGGGACACAUGAAACUUUAUGACAUACAUGGACCGGUCUCCCAGGGGACACAUGAAACUUUAUAAUAUACAUGGACUGGUCUCUCAGGGGACACAUGAAACUUUAUAAUAUACAUGGACCGGUCUCUCAGGGGACACAUGAAACUUUAUAAUAUACAUGGACCGGUCUCUCAGGGGACACAUGAAACUUUAUAAUAUACAUGGACCGGUCUCUCAGGGGACACGUGAAACUUCAAUAACAUACAUGGACCCUGUUUCUUACUGAAGACGUAACUGCAAUAUUAUACUUGUACAAUAAGUUAUCGCUCGUCAUUACCCAUACCUACUGAUUCCAUUGUAGGUUAUGCACUAGUCAAUUAAAAUCCCCACCCCUAUGGUCCCGGAGAAGUGUGGGGUUAAUGUGAACUGCUUUUGAACAAAAUCUGUUCCGAAGGGGUGUGGGAAUUGACAGUUUUUGACUGUUAGACUUGUCCCCACCAUGGGGGCUUGGGCACAAAUAUACUUUGCAAAAAGUCAUGUCCGUUUCUGGUUUGAGACUCUUUCUCUUCUGUAGCAAGCAAUUCCAUAUAUCAGCGUAUGGCAAGCUGCAGAGAUUUAGCUGCGUGGCGAAAUGUGCAAAAACAAAUAGGAAUGAUAACUAACGCCUGUUGAAGAUAAUUUAUUUUUCUUUUUUUUUGUAACUGUUAUCUUCAUAGUUAUUAGUACAAAUGUACUCGCUGAAGUGUACUGGCUUUGAAAGAUAAAGGCUUAUUUCAGAUGACUUGUUGUCGGGUAGUUGCCUAUAGUUUGCAUCCCGAAGGGUAGGGGCAUUUGACAGCAAUUUUGUCCCAAGGGUGUUUUUUUUUUUCUAUGUUUUGUACAGCGUCAAAGUGUAAUCCCCAACCCUUCCCAGAGACUAUGGGGGUGGGGGUUUCAAAUUACUAGUGCGUUAUAAAAAUGACUGGUCCAGAAUCUGCUUGUGGGGGAUUUUGGACCUUUCGGACGUUUUUAUUUUCGGAGAAACAACCUGAUUUAAGAAAAUUUGUUGGUGCACCUCUCAAAACAAUAUCUCCUUUGAGCCCACUUUUUGUUUAUUCAAUUUAAACUCAGGAUUUGUAAGGAUGAAAAUAAACUAUGAAGGCAUCUAGUGAA